ACAUCAGUUGGAGUAGAAACUUGGUUGAGGCUAGUCGUGUAGUUGCUGAAAUUCCAUUUCACCUUUGAAUAUCCAAAAUUCGGUUUGAUUUGAACUAUUGUUAGUUGGCUGUUUGGGUACAAGUAUAGCAUAAAAACAAAAAUAUAUGCAUUUUUGUGCAGUUCCGUAUUGUACUGUAUACUCCCCGGAAGUUGCUGGGACUUGGCUUGUAAAUGUGCCCUUUCUUAGGAUGCUCGUUUAAUAAUGUUCUUCGAAUUAGUUUUUUGCUGCGUGAAAAACGGAAGAGUGAUGUUCAAGUGUGGCAACAAUAAGAUUGUUCAAAUAAAGGACUCUCGACAUGAAUUUCUAGUGCAGACUGCACUAUUGUAAAUUGCUGAAAAUGUAGCUCGAAACGGAGAGCAUUGUAUAAUCCUGUGUAAUUGAAAAGUGCAUUAUAAAGUUCGCGGAGUGGCCUGUUUACCAAAGUGUUAUAAGCUAUAAUUCAUUUCAUAUAAUUUUUAGCGUAGUAUACGUAAGAAGCAAAUAGUCGAGUUAUUUAUACAAUAGUUAAAUAUAUAAUACGUGUAACACAUCGCUUUGAAGCUGUCUCACCCUGCUAGUAGUUAAAAAUGUGUUCAAAUAUGAAUGCCAUAUUUGUAAUAAGCGCAACAAUUUACUGUAUAGGAUUUAUCAUAUCAUCACAUUAUUGUCUAGGAUCACAAAAUUUAAUAGAAUUUAUCGAGGAAUGGGGCUGUUAUGAUUCGGAAAUUCGGUUAACGUGUGGCCAUUUAGAUUCAAAAAUAGCAAUUUUGGAAGCAACCUUUUCUCCAAAUUGCACUGAAGAAGAAUGCAUAAAAGGUGAUCUGAAAAGGUUAAUGCGAGGCCAUCCUCGAUCUAAAGUCGCAGGCUUCACAUCUGCUGAAACAGAGGCAGGCCAGAGAUUCCUUGAGACACUUCGCAAAAGUGAUUUGAACUCUAAUGCAGAGCUAGUCGACGUAGAGUCAGAAAACGUAGAAAAUGUAGAACCUGUUCCCCAACCUAAUUACUUAGUUGGGGUAAAAGAAAAGCGCGCCUCCUUACGAGCUUCUUUAGAACGCCUUAUUGUUAAGUAUUUAAGGCAAAUAUCGCCAAGUGAAAAUUUUCAAGAGUUCGGUAAACAAUUGAAACGGUAUCGGCGAAACUUAUUAUCAUUAUCGGAAACCCAAUCUGAGGAAAUAGGUUAUGAUUCAAAACCGGAUCGAGUAAUGAUCGGGGCGCGUAACGUUUCGUUUGACGAUUACGAGAUGCAAGAUCGUGCCGCUAGUAGUGAAGAUCGUUAUCGAAAAUUUUACGAAAACAGAGCUUUUUGUGCUGACCAGAAACGGAAGAUCGGUGCCCUGCAAAGGCUUCAAAUAGACGAAACAUUGCGGAAACCAAACGACACCAGGCAAAAUAUCCGUAAAAUUUUAAAUAAAAGAUGUUCCGGGAAAAAUCACUGCAGCUUUCUUUUUGCUGCCGACGAUCCAUUAGCAGUGCUAUGGGAUAGUGGUCUAGUUCAUAUCAAAUAUGUUUGUAUGGAUGGCUACCACACAAAUCGCUAUUGCAACGAGCAUCUCACAAUUGGAUAUGACAAUUCUCCUAAGAGGCGACAGGUUGAGCAGCCGAAGAAAGGCGAGCCAGUAGCGGAAGCUUUAGUUCAACAAAGAGAUCAAGUUUUGCAUUCAGUGAAAAUAUUAAAAGCGAAUGAUGAUGUGGAGAGCAUUCCGGUUGAAGAAGUUUCGCAGGAGCGAAGAAAAUCGAACAAAUUAGAAAAAUACAGGAAAAAAGACAAAGGGAUUUAUUCUCAGGAUUUCAGAGUGCUCAAAAUACUGCCAAGUAAUUUGGACGAUUUCAACGAUAUAGAAGAAAUAGGCGAUGAAAUAUACUUCCGUACGGACGAAAAUAAGGAUAGUAAAGAUGUCUUUCCAAGUGCUCUCGUGCCAACAGCAUUAACAUUAGCGUCGGAAGUUAAUUCAGAAAAAGUUUCUAUCCUGCCUAUACCGCUUUCGACACUCGGGUAUUCAAAUAAUUUAGAAACUAAUGAUAGGUUCCCGGCUAAUGGGAAUCGUGAUUUUGAUCUUAGUAAGUUUGAAAACAUCACUAUUAUCAUACGUGAAGGUGAAGAGUACUUUGUACCGUUUCCUAAACCAAUAUUAUUUGACAAUAUAACUGCUAAAGAACCCACAACAACAACUAGUCCCUUCCUUGCGGCAACUACAACCACUGCCACUUCAACUGUAUUAUCCUCCUCCUCAAUAUCGACGUUAGAGUCAUCAAAACCACCACUUCCACCGCAGUCUAUGCCACCAUCAUCAUUGGUAGCAACAACAAUUUCAGCAAUGAAUCCACCAACAACAACAGAUGGUAUUCUUGCUGCUGGUGCUUCCCAUAUGACGUUUGCAGAAAGUGCCACAGAUAACAAUGGUCUCUACUUGUAUAGUGGAACUCCUUCAUCAAAACAUCCAGAGGAAAUUGAAAUGAGCAAUGAACAGGAUAUUGAAACGCCACUGCCUACGGUUGGUGAGUUAACAAUACAAACGCCGAGUAGACAAUAUACGACUGUUUCCAAUGAAUGGGAUGAUAGUCUCUACGAUAACGUGGGGAACGAUGGAAACAAGAACGUAGGUGACGACGACGAGGACAAUGAUGAAAGUUCAGAAAGUGGAUACCAUGCAGGAAUUCAAAGGACUUACUACGGACCACCCAAACCUCAAGGAUUCACUAUGACACCAGGAUAUCCGAAGUUUUAUAUUGGCGAAUGUGAAUGUAAAUGGAAAAUAUUAGCACCUAUCUCACAGAAGAUUCGUCUAACCAUUCUAGAUAUAUCUUUAAGGACUGAAAAAAGUUGUCGAGAUUAUUUGGAAAUUUUUGACUCUAAAUCGAGAAAAAGUCUUUUCAAGGGCUGUGAUGAGCCGAACUGGCCAGUGGAAAUAAUAAGUAGUUCGAACGAAGUUGAGAUAGUUGUGAAGGCGACAACGAAGUUUGCCUACCCAAAACGAGGUGUUCUGAUUCAUUAUUCAGCGCUGGGAUGUCUGACACCAACCCCGCCGAUGCACGGGCGAUUCGUGGAGCGAACGGACUCUUCGGCAACAUUCGAAUGUGAGCCGUCGUUCGUGUUCCCCGAUUCAGCCACAAGUUCACGCCAGCUGUUGUGCACGGAUCAACACAUUUGGAACGGCACUCUGCCAGAUUGUGUCGAAGAAGACGCAGUUUCUAGUCGCGGAAUUGUUUCCGGUUCAAAUUUUGAGUUACACAAAACUGAAAGUGCGACGGGUGCAAAAAUGGGUUUUGCUGAAGCAGACACUGUCCUCGAUAUUAUCGUUCCAUCGAUACUGAUUGUUGCGCUUUUCGCUGUGAACGCCAUUAUAUUCGUCAUCAUAAUGAAACAGCGGAAACGAAGUUCUCACCGGAUGGAUACCGAAGCCAAAGAGUUAGCGGAGCUGUAGGAAUGAGUGACAUGGAAAUAACAAAAUGUAAAGUGCAGACUAUGUUUAAGGUUAUUACUUCUAAAGCAAAACCGAAUCCAGCUAUAUUAUACAACUAAAGAAAACUAUGGGGAGAACACAUAAAAUUAAGAAUUGACUAAAACUCUGCAAAGUAUUGCAAAAACUCAGUUAAGCCAACCAUCCUGGAGCCCCUCUGUCUCGUGUAUACUUCUACUAUCCCUGAAUUUUCAGUUAAGCGGACAAAUAAGAUGUUCACGUAUAUCCAAAUAAUUUGAUCAUAUCACCUCGUACAGUAACUUGCUUCUAAAUCGACUAAGAAAUUGUAUUAAUUGAUUAGAUUCUUUUCAUAAAAAUUCCCGCUUUGUUCAAAAAGUUUUUGUUUGAUUAUCUAGAAAUCUGCUCCAUACUGGCGAUCACUUGCACUGUUUACCGGAAUAAAUUUGACUGUGUACUGUACCAUUAGCAACACUAUUAAUUUAGGGAAAUCGAAAAUAGUGAAUUGAAUCUACACAAAGAGAAUGAAAGAACAAUUUUUGAUACUUCAUAUUUUUAAUGCCUAAAUGUUUUUCAUAUAUCGCUACAUAGACAUAGGCCACUAGACGAUGUCCAAUGUAAAUAGAGUAAAGAACUGAACCGAAACUUGAGAGUUAAUAGGUUUUUGUAUUUUUUCCUGUUAAUGAUACUAUUUUUAUUGAAUACUUAAAAAUUGUAUUGCAACAUGGGUCAGAAUAGCCGAGUGUUAUAUUUUUACCUGAAGGAACGGCAACAUACUAUGUAUGAUUUCGUUUUUAAUUGUCUUACAUUUGCGUAGGCGCUGCAUUUUGCUUUGAUUCAAUUACAAUAAAUAGAAUCACAAUAGAAAAAAUGUUAACAUAAUGAAAA